GGAUUUCCCCCCGGAGUGGCCAGACAAGCUGAGGGUUGGGGGGGGGGGGGGGUGAGAUGUAGUGUUAGGAUGGCAGCGCUAAUGGGACUAUCUAACGGGACGUGCGGACCGGCGGAUUUCGUCUAAUAAAUCAACAAUUGCGGUGCUUGGUCGUGAAGCGUCGCCGCCAUGCCGCUGGUCAAGAGGAACAUCGAGCCGCGCCACCUCUGCCGCGGGGAGCUCCCCGAGGGCAUCGGCAGCGAGCUGGAGUGCGUGAUGAACAACACGCUCUCCGCCAUCAUCCGACAGCUCAGCAGCUUGAGCAAACACGCAGAGGACAUAUUUGGCGAGCUGUUCAACGAGGCCAACACCUUCUACCUGCGCGCCAACUCUCUCCAGGACCGCAUCGACCGGCUGGCCGUCAAGGUCACCCAGCUGGACUCCACCGUGGAGGAAGUUUCCCUGCAAGACAUCAACAUGCGCAAGGCCUUCAAGAGCUCUACCACUCAGGACCAGCAGGUGGUGUCCAAGAGCAGCGUGCCCAAUCCGGUGAAGGAGAUGUACAAUUUGAGCGACAAGCCUCCUCCACUCAGCAUCCUCUCAUCUUACAGGGACGACAAGAAGGAGGCGCUCAAGUUCUACACCGACCCUUCCUACUUCUUUGACCUGUGGAAGGAGAAGAUGCUGCAGGACACCGAGGACAAGAGAAAGGAGAAGAGGAAGCAGAAGGAACAGAAGCGCUGCGUGGACGGGACGCUGCAGAGGGAGGUGAAGAAGGUCCGCAAGGCCAGGAACCGCCGACAGGAGUGGAACAUGAUGGCGCUAGAUAAAGAGCUGAGGCCGGACCACCGCCACACCAUACACAGGGACAGGGGGGCCUCCUCGGAGGGCUCCAUGUCUCCGGAGAACAGGGCUCACGGGGUGGACCCGCAUCACUACCCCAACUCCAUGAACCACGGCGGGCACGCUCACACCUACUCGGGCCCGCCGCCCAGCGUCCUCGCCGCCCAGAUGGCGGCGGGCCACGGCCCCCGCGGAGGCGGCGACCACGACGGCAGGGCCAGGGCGGCGGCCUAUCAGGGUGGCACGCUCGGACGCGCCCACCACCAGCAUCACCAGCAAGUCCCGCUGCCUCCCCCGCCUGCCGAGGCGAUGAACGGCGGCUCUAUGUCUCUGCCGCCGCUUGACUACGGAAUGGAUGGUUAUGCCAACACGGGACCGCCGCCCCCGCCGCCGGCCCCCGUCAUCCCCUCCGCCCUGACGGCCUUCGCCUCGCCGCCCGGGGGUCCCGUGUCUCCCGGGCCCGGGGGCUACGCUCCGCCUCCGCCGCCCGUAUGCGGCGGCCCAGUCGCUCCGCCCCCUCCCGGGCCCCCUCCGCCCCUCUUCCAGGCCGGUGCCUCCCACGCCGCGGCGCACAAGAUGGCGUCGCCCGUGCCCGUGGAGAGCAGCGUGGUCAACGACGCCCGCAGUGACCUGCUGGCGGCGAUUCGUAUGGGCAUUCAGCUGAAGAAGGUUCAGGAGCAGCAAGAGCAGCAGGCCAAGCGGGAGCCCGUCGGCAACGACGUGGCCACCAUCCUGUCGCGCCGCAUCGCCGUGGAAUACUCGGACUCCGAGGACGACUCGGAGCUGGAGGACAACGACUGGUCCGACUGAAGCACACUUAUACACACACACACACACAAUCACAUGCUGUAUAAAAUGAAGGGUCCACAAGUUGUGACAAGCACUGUAAAAUCUCGUCCAUGUACUGUAUCCUUGACCACUUCCUGCAACCUCCGCCGUGAGUGCCCCCGCCGCCCCUCCCCCAAGUGUACCCGUUGUAAUGCUGCACUCACACGUCUUGCAUAAUUUUUGAUGUACACGCCACAUUUGAACGUGUUAGACUCAACCAGAGAUUUAAUAAUCCCCUCAUUUUUCCCUUUUUUUUUUUUUUUUUUUUAAA